AUGCGCUCGUUUACCGCUUCACUCCUUUUGUCUCUGGCAACAGCCACUACUGCUACUGAACAAGCCCAGUGCGACUUGAUUCCGGAUGUUGUUAAUGUUUUACAUGCCGUUCCGUAUACGCCGGAACUAUGCUCGUCGUUACUCAAGUUUUCUACUUCAACUGUCACCUCCACGGCUGUGAACACCGUGACGGACACCAGACCCACAGAAAUCACAGAGACACUCACUGCCACCGAGACGUUUACCCACACAGAGACACUCACCACCGGUACCAUUACUAGUACUACUGAUGCUGUCUCAGUAGCCGUCACUGAAACGACCACAGUCCCAGCAUGCCCCACAAUCACUACCGUCUUCAAACGAGGCGAGGUUGCUGAGACUGCUUCCACCGACACGACUUGUACCGGAAAGAAGUCUGCAAGCAGUGCAGGUGUUUAUCCCACCUAUCCCAUCAGCGCUGCCCAGACAUCUCCAACAAGCACUAGCUCUACUACGUGCUCCAGUUCUACCUCUACAAAGUCUUCUUCGACCAAGUGCUCAGAAAGUUUGAAGCCGACUCAUGAUGGAUCCUACAACACGGAGGAUUCUUAUCCCACCAGUUCCUCGAGCACUCUGAAGCAGGCUUACGCUGAUUCCUACAACACCAAGGAGUCUUACCCUACUGGUUCCUCCAGCGUUGACGGGUCCUAUUAUGCAGCUAGCUCGAGCAAUGUUUACCCGCACUAUGAUGUUACCUCAAGCACAGUUCAGCAAUACCCCGCUGCCUCGAGCAUCAUUCAGCAGUACCCUGUUGCCAACUCGAGCACUUACCAGCCAUAUCCUGUUGUUAACUCUACCACUUCGGCAACACCCUCGGUAACACCAGUCACUCCCACCCCCACCCCUACUCCCACUCCAGUCGUACUGUGCGCAGAGGCACCGGAAGAGCUUCAGCAGUUCGAGUGUGAAAAGAUUACCCAGGGCUGUGGAUGCCUUGGCCUGCAAGCACCUACAACGACCGAGACCGUCACUGAGAUUACUUCUGUCGUUGAAUUCGCAACAACCACGGCUACAGUUCAGAUCACCACAGUUGAGGACGAGACACUUACACUAUCUGUUGAUGCAACUGCAUACGUUACCCCAACAGUAACUAUUGUCACCAAGGCCACUGAGACAGCGGCUCCACCUGAUUUCAACACCGACGCUAACAACUGCGGUUCAUGCGGCAACGUAUGUCCCAACGGCGGUUCCUGCACCAAUGGUGUGUGCCAGAACCUGAACCCGAACCCCCAAUGCGCCACCUCCUCGUGCCGAAGCUACAUCUACUGUGGUAGUGGCUGCCUCUGCGGCUCCGUCGUUGGCGGCGGCGGUCUCUGUAUUCCCGGCAGCACAUCCUGCAGCAGUCCCGCGUGCAAUACAAACUCGGACUGCGGCGCCAAUCAGUUGUGCGUCAUCAACACGUGCUGCAGAGGCGGCGCUGGCAUGUGCGUCUCCGUUCAAACUUCGUGUGCCAACAAUGCUGCUCCGAAGAUGUUGUUUGUGCGACGGCCCAGUGAGGGAACCGUGUCUGGAUAG